AUGAACAGGUACCAAUUAGCGCGCGGCGUCUUCCGGACGCAGCGGCGUUUUUUUGCCAAAGAAGUGAAACAUUCGGUACAAUGUCGUCAGGGUCUCCUCAGUGGAGUGAAUCGUUUGGUGGAUGCUGUGUCUGUCACUCUCGGACCGAAGGGCCGCAACGUUGUGAUUGCUCAGGCAUAUGGAGCCCCCAAAAUCACCAAAGACGGUGUGACAGUGGCAAAGGCUAUUGAAUUCUCUGACAAACUGGAGAAUUUGGGAGCACAACUUGUGCGUCAGGUUUCAUCGAACACUAACGACAAGGCGGGUGAUGGAACAACAACAGCAGCGGUACUUGCUCGGGCCAUAUUCCAGCGUGGUUGUCGUGCUGUAGAUGCUGGUUUGAACCCAAUGGACUUGCUACGCGGGAUAAACAUGGCCGUCGAGUGCGUGGUGAAGUAUUUGGACUCUAUCAAGAAGGAGGUUACCACCAGCGAGGAGAUAUUAAAUGUGGCUACAAUUUCUGCCAAUGGUGACCGUUUAAUUGGCCAAUUGAUCACUGACGCCAUGGACAAGGUGGGAAAGGAGGGUACUAUCACCGUCGUCGAGGGUAAGACUUUGCAGCAUGAGUUGGAGGUUGUAGAGGGUAUGAAGUGGGACAAGGGUUAUAUUUCUCCUCACUUCGUGACCAGCGUUAAGGAUAUGAAGGUUGAAUUCGAGAACCCUUAUAUUUUCUUGUGCAACGAGAAGAUAUCGAGUGUGAAGCAGAUCUUACCUGUGCUCGAGCACGUGCUUCAGCAGCAGGCUCCCUUGCUGAUCGUAUCCGAGGAUGUUGACGGAGAAGCGUUGGCUGUGUUGAUAGUCAACAAGCUGCGUCUCGGCUUGAAGGUUUGCGCUGUUAAGCCACCGGGUUUCGGCGAGCACCGCAAGGCCACGAUGGAGGAUUUGGCUGCGAUGACCGGCGCCUCUUUGGCUGGCGAAAACAACUUCUCCGUCGAUGGCGAUCUUGUGUCUACGUUAGGUCGUGCGAAGAGUGCCACUGUGACCCGUGACCACACUAUAUUAGUUGAGGGUCUGGGUGACAAGAAGGGAGUUGAGGAGCGUUGUGAAGGAAUUCGCGCUAUGCUAAAGGUGUGCGACUCAAGCUACGAAUCUGACAAGCUAAAGGAACGUCUGGCACGUUUGACUGGUGGCGUUGCUAUAAUCCGUGUGGGCGGGGCAAGUGAGGUUGAGGUUGGUGAAACCCGCGAUCGUGUUGAUGAUGCCCUUUGCGCAACCAAGGCAGCGGUCGAGGGCGGCAUUGUGCCUGGUGGAGGCAGUGCAUUGUUGCAUGGUUCUAAGAAGCUGGCAGACCUACCAACAAAGAAUUACGACCAAAAGGUUGGUGUUGACAUUGUGCGAGAGGCUGUCCAGGCUCCAGUGAGACAGAUAGCUCAGAACGCCGGUUUCGAAGGGUCAGUUAUUGCGGAACGCUUGCUUCAAGGAAACGAUGUUACUCAAGGUUUCAAUGCUCAGAUCGGUGAGUACUGCGACCUUGUAGCGGCAGGCAUCAUCGACCCGACUAAGGUCGUGAAGACUGCACUCACUGAUGCGGCCUCCGUGGCGUCUCUAAUGACGACGUCAGAAGUGGCAAUAUAUGACUGCACUAAGGACAAGGAAGCAAAUGACGAUGCUAUGCAGCAGCCCAUGUACUAG